GCUUACGUGGAGUACUCAAACGAGCUCGACGCACUUACUCCUUCGAUGGUGACUUGGCAACCGUAUCUUGAUCCAUAUUUCGCCAGCAUACAGUUGAGCAGCAUGUGCUCAAUAGACGAGAACCUCUACCUCAUGAGGUGUCCCCUCAUCUGUUUUUAUGCUGUUGAGUACCACUUGCCACACAGAGUUGCUCGACAGUUCGGAUUGCGCCAGGAGUUUCCGGUGGAGCCAUUCUCGACUUCAAUAGAACUUCAUAAGUUCGACAGACAGAGACAGAAGAAGGUCACGGACUUCGAGACGCACCAUCGUGAUUACAUUGAUGAAUGGGCCCAGCAGGGGGAUCUGAACAAUGAGAAUGACCAGGCGCACACAAACUACAACUUCCGGAGUUGUCAGACUGCACUAGAAGCGGCGGAGCACUGGCACUGCUGCAGCGGUUGUGCCGUCCACUCGAGAAUCAGCUGA